AUGUCGUACAACUACAAGGCCGAUCAAGAUCUAUACUACAAAGUCGACCAAUCCGCCCUCGCUACAGAUACGGCCACCACCACCACCCCGAGCCCAUCGACGUUCGGACCUACGGCGUCUGUAUCCAGCACGGCUGACGCCCACGUCUAUUUCCACCUGGGACACACGGGCCACGAGGUCGCGCCUAAGAAAUUCCCUGCAUGUGUCUCGCGUGGUAAAGGCGUCAUCGUCCGAGAAGGCUUCUUGCGCGGGGCGUGGACGUGUGUGCGGGCGUUUGAGAGAGACGAGGAGGAUUGUUGGUGGCACUGGAGAGGCGACGACGACAGCAACAACGUUUCCAACGACGGUCAAGACGACAAUAGCAAUGGCAAAGGACCACUACCACCGCCGCGGAGCGUCACGUUUCCUGCAGACCCCAGUACCGACACGCCCGCGCACAUGAUCCGCAUCGUGGGAUGCCGGGUGAUUGAGUUUUCAGUCCUCGCUAUUGACGGUGCCGUUGCUGCCCUUGAUGAUGGCGAUAGUGGAACCGCUGCACAGGUUGAAAACGCACGCUUCAUCCGACUCAGAGUCAAAGCGCUCGUCGCGGCGGCGAACGAGGAAUUCUCCCCCAAGGGCGGCACAGAGGGCUGUCCCAUUUGGAUCGGCGUCGACGAGUUUCCUGAGAAUAUCUUUGGCUUUGGGGCGGUAGUUGGCCAACAACUACACCAUCGACAAGAACGUCAGCAAAGACGGGAGGAAUGUGGGAUGUGGGAGGUGAAAUGUGAUGAUGGGGAGGUGGUGAGGUUCUAG